AUGUCCAGACCCUCGUCCUACCACGGUGCACCUCACCGUGACGACGACGACUUCUCGCUCCCGCUCUUUGUGCCAGCCCUCCAGCAGCCGCUUCAGUACGCGCCCCCGCAGACGUCGCAGCAACUGCAGCAGCCAUCGCUCCAACCAGGCGGUGUCUCUCAUCCUCCACCUCCGGCCGCUCCCCCGCGCUCGCCGAACCGUCUGCCCCCCCUCGCGGGCUCUCAUCGGCACAGCCUCUCCAUUGCGACGAGCCAACUGAACAGCGCCAACUCGACGCAGCACUCGGCCGGUUACCCUCCUCCAUCGGCCUACUCCAACGGUACCAACACCGGUCCCCUGUCCGCCGCGCCUGCUCAGCGUCAGACAAUGCACUUCCCCGCCCCUUUUGUAAACUCGGGGUACGGGGACGAGAUGCAGCCGAGCCCUCCAGGUAGUGGAGUGGGGACGUUGGGAUCGCUCGCCCGUUCCGCGUCUCUUGGUACUGCGCGCCGCAGGGAUCCCUUCUCCUACGCCGCCGACGAUGUCGAGAGCGGGAUGGCUGGCGAUCAGCAAUGGGGAGGAUAUGGCUCUGGUAGCCUACACCCUACGCAGCAGCCGCCCCAGCCAUACGUCAACACGAAUCGUUCGUCGGACCGUGACGUUCUCAUGAGUCCCGGUCGGUACAACCAGGCGCCAUCCAUGCCUCCGCCCCCUCUCCCGCCCGUGCGCACACAGCUCAACCAGCAGCAGACCAUGUUUGUUGCCAGUCCCUCGACGGCCACGCCCCUCCAGCAGCAACUUCCGCCAACGAACCCAUAUAUCCCUCGUAAUGCGGACACUGGACCGGGCGUCGGUGGACCUGAAGCUAGUGGAGCGCCGCCAUCAGAUGCCUGGCUCAGCUAUCGCCGCAACAGCGCUGCAUCCGACUCUGUCUCUCCCCUCGGCGCCAGUCCACACUCGCCUGGCCUCUUGGCCCAGUACGACCCUUCUCCUCAUCUCCUCACUCCGCAGGGCUCGUCCAACCACUUGCCUUCGUCAUCGUCUCCGCGCCAGGCAUACCCACUGCCCGCCUCCCCACAGCGCCGCCCAUCGGGCCAGUACAACUCGGGCAUUCGUUCCCAGUCAUUUGCGGCCAGCCAGCCCGUCACUCCCUCUGGGAGGUACGAGCAGAUGCCGAACAGCUCAGGUGCCAACCGCCGCGACACUGCCUCCCGCCACGGCUUCAGACCCAUAAACGACUGGUCGGAUCUCAAGCCCGUCGUCAACUCUCACGCGCAGGGCAGGCGUGCUGACCCCGACAUUCCAGGAGGGUACAUGAGCCCUCUCAAGUGUCUCACACAAGCACUGCCGCAGACGUACACGCUCUGCAACCCCACGUUCAAAUACGAGUCGACUGACAACCCUCGCCGUGUGCUCACCAAGCCGAGCAAGCCAGUGUACAAUGACGGCGCGGACAACGAGGACUGGGAUUACAUCCUAUUUGUCAAUGACGUCCUCGGUGGUGACCACGGAGGCGACAGGUACCUCAUUCUUGACGUGCUAGGACAGGGCACCUUUGGCCAGGUCGUCAAGUGUCAGAACAUGAGGACGCACAGCAUUUGCGCCGUAAAGGUCGUCAAGAACAAGCCGGCGUACUUGAACCAGAGCAAGAUGGAGGUCGCCAUUCUGAACCUGCUCAACCGGGAUCACGACCCACGCGAUGAGCACCACAUACUGCGGAUGUACGACUCGUUCACCCACAAGAGCCACCUGUGUCUCGUGUUCGAGUGUCUCUCGUCCAACCUGUACGAGCUCAUCAAGCAGAACCAGUUCAAGGGUCUCAGUCUGCAGCUCGUCAGGGUGUUUACCCAGCAGCUGCUCGAGUGUCUUGCUGUCCUCAAGGAGGCCAGGCUCAUCCACUGUGAUCUCAAACCUGAAAACAUCCUUCUCAAAUCUCUGCAGUCUCCCCAGAUCAAGGUCAUCGAUUUUGGCUCGGCGUGCCACGAGCUCCAGACCGUGUACACAUAUAUCCAGUCCCGCUUCUACCGCUCCCCCGAGGUGCUUCUUGGAUUGCCGUACUCGUGCGCCAUUGACAUGUGGUCGCUCGGCUGCAUCGUCGUCGAGCUCUUCCUUGGGCUGCCCAUCUUCCCGGGUACCAGCGAGUACAACCAGGUCUCGCGUAUCACCGACAUGUUGAGUCUGCCACCAGCACAUCUCCUGGAGAUGGGCAAGCAGACAAACGAAUUCUUCAACUUUGUCGGCGUCGACGCUCACGGUCGCAAGCAGUACAAGCUCAAGCCCAUGGACCAGUACGCCAGCGAGCACCGUACCAAGGAGCAGCCCAGCAAACAGUACUUUAAGCAGACCAAGCUCGACGAGAUUGUCAUGGAGUAUCCCUACAGCAAGAAGAACGUCAAGCAGUCGGACAUUGACAAGGAAAUGGGCCAGCGCCGCGCGUUCAUCAACUUUGUGCAGGGUCUGCUCCACCUCGACCCCAUGAAGCGUUGGACUCCCUUGCAGGCGGCCAAGCACCCGUUCAUCACUGGCGAAAAGUACACGGGGCCAUACGAGCCUCAAUCGGUGCCAACGAAGAGGACGCCGGCGUCCUCAUCGACUCCCUCUGCUGCCACGACACCGACGACGCCCUCGUCCAAAAAGUAUGGCGGCCUCGUCCAGUCGCCAUCCUCGAACCGCGGCCAGCGCGUGUACUCGGACGCUGCGGCUUACAACCACCAGCUCAACCAGCACCAGUACCAGACCGCACAGGCUGCGGCCGCCCAAAAUGUGGUUCGCCCAGGCCCCUUCUCGCCUGGCUACGACUCCCAGCCUCAGUCGUCGUACACCAAGCCGCGUGUUUCGUCCCAACAUGUCCCACCACCAUCGUGGCACCAGCCCAUGGCGCCUCCUGCACAGCAGCAGAGUUAUCGCAUUCCAUCCGGCUCGCAACAGCAGGCUCAGCAGGCUGUGCGGCCGAACAUUCCCAUUAUCAACGCCCCAACAAACCCCCCACCCAACUCAUACUUCCCAGCGUCGAGGAACCGUGCCAACACGAUCAACCAGAUGGACUCGAUUCCGCCGGCAUUAGCUCGGCUCACCAACCUGGGCGCGCCAGACCCGUCUGGAAACAGGUCGUCGCUCACGCCCGUUCUGCACCGCGAGGACAUGGCCGAGGCGUGGGAGAGGAGGCAGCAAGGCGGGACGCAAAAACACUCCAACUUGCAGACGACAACGUAUCCGCAGCUCGAGUACUUGCAGGAGCAAGCAGAGCUCGUCAACCUCGGCCAACAAGGCUACGUUAUGCCUGGGCAGUACCACGGCAUGCACCUUCCCUCCAACCCCAUGGCCCACCACCGCGGUACCCAGUCCUUCUCUGGGACCCAAGCGUACCAGAUGCAGCCUGGGAUCGGACACGUGCCACAAGACUACCGAGGACGUGCACCGCCCCACGCCCUGCAGCCGACAAGCGACUAUGACCCGCCAUCGUCAUCUUCGCGCUCGUUCCUCCCUGCCUUCCCGCCUCCAGCCGCGACAACGACGCACGCGGGCCAAGCGGCCGGCGGAUCGUUUGACGCCUUUGACGCACGCGAAGCCAACAUGAACCUCAUGUACACGCCGCUCCAGCCCACGCAGGCCGGCGGCUCGUACGGCUACUCGCCCGGCCACGCGUCCAGGUCGUCGUACUCGGGGCCCUACGGCCAGCCACCAGGCGGUCAGCGGGGUAACAACCCCUUCGCCCCCGGCCAGCCUCCACAGAACCCCAACUCGCCGAGGCGAUAUGGUGGCGGCGGCGGCGCCGGCUACGGUGCGGCGUAG